GUUAUACUUAAAAGUUUCGGUUCCACGUUGGUAAGGCGGAGGGUAACGUGAAACUGAGAACAAAAAUUAAGUAUUACUCAUGAAUAAACAAUAACCAUCGAUAUCCCGCGCGAAAAUGUGGAAACGACAACAGACUUUGGCAACGAAGCGUGAACUGUUAACGGAUUCUUCCUCGUUGUCAUCGGUAAACACGGCAACAUGGACAAAAGAGAGAAAACAAGACGGUAAGGUCCGUUUAGCCGUGGUCGCUGGACUUUUUACAACAGUUGGAAGCCUGUUUGGAAAACUUGCUGGAAAUGUCGAGGCAGUUUCUGCAGUGGCAUUAAUAAUUAAAGGAAUACUUUUGGUACUGAUGGUAACGAGCAACACCGUGGGUUGCUCGUUUUUUGUGAAAGCGCUCAAUGCGAGUGGAUCUUCCUUACCAUGUACGAUCGCCAGCGCCGCCACGAGUUACGUUUGCUCGGCUCUGGCGGGUUAUUUAAUUUUCAACGAGUCUACUUCGCUUUGUUGGUGGUGUGGUAUAACGUUCGUUACAUCGGGGUUAUUGUUCAUCUGUCACGUUCCAACGAAACCCGAUUCCAUAGACAAAGUGAAACAACAAUAAAUAAAAAGUGUUCUCAUUGGCAUUUUUUUUAUUUUCUUUAUUAUUCUACCAUAAUCUUAUUUUAUCUAGGUAUACGAAUUUACA